CUAUUCUUCAGAGUACACCACAUAUUCUUCUUCUUCGCAUACUCGUUAUCCGUGACACAGGGGAAGACCGCCACGCACAGCCACCCAAACUCCAUUUUCCGACCUCCAACUGCCCGUGCAUUACUCGUCCCCGUUCUUUUUAGAGCACCGCUUCUCCGUGAAAGCUCAUCGUUUAGUGCGGCCUUUGCCUCAACGAAAAAGUGCAACCUUUUGCUUCCGAUCCGCUCAAAAUCUACUCAAGUUUCAACCUAUUCUUCGAGGAGGAAGAAUAAGAAGAUAGACCCUGACAGGAGAGGAAAGGUGAGUGUAAUAGAGGAGAAUGGCAGUUACCUUUGCAGCAAGUAUGUGUUCCAUCACAAGUUCUAAAACGCCUCAAGAGAUCAAAAGAUUUGACAUUGAAGAUAAACUGCAAUCCAGGUCUAAUAUUGCACUGCUUCCUCUCGAAGCUUUGAACCGCAGGCACCUUACAAUUAGUAUUGGCACUUCAUUGGUUGCGAUAACAUGUUGUUACGGUUUAUCACCGUUAUUGGUAUGGGCUGAAGAGAAGUCAGAUCAGAAAGAGGAGAAUGAUAAUGGUGUUAUUGGGGCCGUCAAAUCGUUAUUUGAUCCCAAUGAGAAGACAAAGUCGGGAAAGGUUUUGCCAAAAGCUUACAUAAAGUCAGCAAAAGAAUUGGUGAAAACACUGCGUGAGUCAUUAAAUGAAGUCCUUGACGAUAAUGCCAAGUUUAGAAGGACUGCAGAUGCGGCAAAGGAGUCGAUUCGGGAGUAUCUUGGUAGUUGGAGUGGAAACCAGACUGUUGCUCAAGAAGAAUCAUAUGUUGCUUUGGUAAAAGCUGUAAGAUCUUUGGCAAACUUUUACUCAAGGUCAGGACCAUCAGCUGCAUUGCCGGAAGAAGUAAAGUCUGAAAUAUUAGAUUAUCUGAAUACUGCUGAAGAUUCAUUGUAGAAAAUCCUACAAAAUGUAUUAUAGAAACUAAUCAAACUUGUUUUUUUUUUUUUUUUCUAUUCUUUUAUCAUAUGAAAUAUAUUUACCAAGUUUUUGUUUAUGAUUAAUGUGCUUUGUGGGGGGUUUUCAUAGUACGGUUCGGACGAAAAACUGAACCGAACCAAACUGAACCAUGAUAAAAAUUCACUCGAACUGAACCGAACCGUUUUAAUUUACUAAGAACAAACUGAACCAAAAUUAUUGGUUUGGUAUACUGUUUCAAAAUUCGGUUCGGGUUCAGUUUCAGUUCGGUUUCAGUUACAGUUUGGUUCUAGAACUGUUUGUGCAUAACAGUUUGGUUCACUAACCAUACAUAACGGUUCGGUUAUUUUAACUUCAGUUCGGUUCAGUUCGGCGGUUCGGAUCAGUUCUUGGAUUUUUUGAACAGCUUGAUGUAUACCUCAUAUGUCGCCAUACCUUUUCUACAAAUUCAUUCUACAAAUUAUACAAGUUCUCAUGUUAGCAUUGCCCCAAACAAAGAACUUGGAUGAACAAAUACAUUAUUCAAUUUUACUUUGUAUGACAUUGAAUAAUUACUUACAAGUUGUUAA